AUGGACGUUGGUUCUGUCUUGCUCAAUUCCUUGGCGGCAGACAAUGCUACUCGUAUUGCUGCCGAACAGCAGCUCAUCCAAGCUGCUGAAGCCAACUUCUCAGGAUACCUCGUCACUCUCGUAGAACAGUUAGCAAAUGAAGAAGCACAAGGCUCCGUACGAGCUGCUGCUGGUAUCGCCCUUAAGAACGCCUUCACAACCCGCGAAUAUGCUCUGCAACGCGAAUUACAAGACAAAUGGCUGCAGGUUGAUCCAGAUACUAGGAAGCGCGUGAAGGAUUUGACCCUCCAAGCUUUGUCCUCAAACAACAAUCAAGCCGGUCAAACAGCUGCACAAGUUAUAUCUUCGAUAGCAGCCAUCGAACUGCCUAGAGACCAAUGGCCAGAACUCAUGCCCGCUUUGGUACGAAACGUGGGAGAGGGUACCGAUCAUCUCAAGCAGGCUUCUUUGACUACUCUCGGAUUCAUCUGCGAAACUCAAGAUGCAGAAUUGAGACAGAGUCUCAUACAGCAUUCCAAUGCUAUUUUGACAGCUGUUGUCCAGGGUGCCCGAAAGGAAGAAGCAAAUUUGGAGGUACGACUGGCAGCUAUUGAUGCUCUUGGCAACUCAUUGGAGUUUGUGGAUAGCAACUUCAAGAACGAGGGCGAGCGAAACUAUAUCAUGCAGGUUAUCUGCGAGGCUACACAAGCUACCGAUUCCAGGAUACAACAGGGUGCUUUUGGAUGUCUCAACAGAAUCAUGUCGCUGUAUUAUGAUUUGAUGCGCUUUUAUAUGGAGAAGGCCCUUUUCGGUCUCACGAUCAUGGGAAUGAAGAGCGAAGAGGAAGAUGUUGCAAAGCUUGCUGUUGAAUUCUGGAGCACAGUUUGCGAAGAGGAGAUUGCUAUCGAAGAUGACAAUGCACAGAUUGAAGAAGUUUCCUUGAUGAGAUCAUUCUACAACUUCAGCAAGGUUGCAACUAACGAGGUUGUGCCCGUUCUUCUGAUGCUUUUGACAAAGCAGGAUGAAGAUGCCGCCGAUGACGAAUACAACAUUUCUCGUGCCGCAUACCAAUGUUUACAACUUUACGCACAAGCAGUUGGUGGAUUAAUCAUUCAGCCUGUUCUAAGCUUUGUUGAACAAAAGCUCCGUGGAGAGGACUGGCAUGAUCGUGAUGCUGCUGUCUCUGCUUUCGGUGCCAUCAUGGAAGGCCCGGAUGAGAAGACGCUCGAGCCAAUCGUCAAGCAAGCACUCCCUGUCAUUAUCAGCAUGAUGGAGGAUAAAUCCAUACACGUCAAGGACUCGGCAGCUUAUGCUCUUGGCCGCAUCACUGAAGCUUGCUCGGAGGCUAUCGACCCAGCCAAUCACUUGCCAAAGUUGAUUGCAUCCUUGUUUGAAGGUCUUAUCAGCAGUCCUAAGAUGGCAGGUUCAUGCUGUUGGGCUUUGAUGAACCUUGCUGAACGCUUCUCCGGAGAUAUCGGUUGCCAGGAAAACCCUAUCUCACCUCAUUUCAACGAGAGUAUCUCGAGACUUCUUCAGGUUACCGAGAGAUCCGAUGCCGACAAUGCAUUGAGAACCGCUGCUUAUGAAGUUCUCAACACCUUCGUCAUGAAUGCUGCGAAUGACAGUCUUCCAUCUGUCAGUCAACUCUCUGAGGUUAUUGUCAAGAGAUUAGAGAACACUAUCCCUCUUCAAUCUCAGGUUGUCAGUGUCGAGGAUAGGAUCACACUUGAGGAGAUGCAAGUCAGCUUGUCCACUGUCUUGUUAGCUAUCAUUCAACGUCUCGAGAAAGAGGUUACUCCUCAAGCUGAUACAAUCAUGACUGUUUUACUUCAAAUUCUCAGUGCCUCUGGACCUAAAUCGAGCGUUCCUGAUGCGGUCUUUGCGACUGUCAGCAGUCUGGCUAAUGCUCUCGAGGAAGGUUUCGCCAACUACAUGGAGGCGUUUGCUCCUUUCCUUUACAAUGCUCUUGGUAACCAGGAAGAGCCAAGUUUGUGCUCCAUGGCCAUUGGUCUCGUCAGUGACAUCACCCGCUCCAUGGGCCCACCAUGCCAGCCAUAUUGUGACACAUUUAUGAACUAUCUAUUGAACAAUUUGAGGAGUACAGCACUUGCCAACCAAUUCAAGCCUGCCAUUCUUCAAUGUUUCGGAGAUAUCGCAGGUGCUAUUGGUGGCCACUUUGAGACUUACUUGUCUGUCGUCGCUCAAGUCCUUCAACAAGCAGCUGGUGUUCAAGCUAGCCCCGAUGGAUCCUAUGAGAUGUUCGAUUAUGUUAUCUCUUUGAGAGAGGGUAUCAUGGAUGCUUGGGGUGGUAUCAUUGGUGCCAUGAAGAUGGAUAACAAGAAUGAUCAACUACGUCCUUACGUUGAAUCAAUCUUUGCCCUUCUCAAUACCAUCUGGAUCGACCAACACCGAAGUGAUGCUCUUAUGAGAUCAGCUAUGGGUGUCAUUGGUGAUCUCGCUGAUGCUUUCCCUAACGGCGAGUAUACCGCAUUCUACCGUGCCGAGUGGCUCAUGUCGAUGAUCAAGGAGACCAAGUCAAACAGAGAAUUCCAACAUAGAACCAUCGAUACCGCACGCUGGGCUCGUGAGCAAGUCAAGCGUCAAACUGGUGGUGUUACAGGGACUCUUCAAACUUGA